AUGUUGUUUCUGGAACGUGUUCGUACGAUUGCUAUUCUAUCUUUAACUGUAUUUGGAUGUACAGGAAAUAUUUUAAUAUUAAUUGUUGUUAAUCAACAUUUUUUUCGUAAAACAACUUCAGCUGCUUUUAUAUCAGCACUUUCCAUUGCUGAUUGUAUUGUCUUAUGUUUACAAAGUUUACAAAUUGUUACUAAACUUCAUCCACAAGUAACAUCCUAUGAUUGUUUAGUUUUUUUUCUUAUGGAUGUAUUUCGACUUUUAUCAGUUUGGAUUGUUUGUUUUAUUAAUAUUGAACGUUGUUCAUUAGUAUUCAAUCCAUGUCACAUGCCACGUUUAACUAGUCGGAUUAAAUCGCGUUUAUUUGUAGUUAUAUUAUUUAUUAUUUCUUUACUUAUAUUCAGUCAUUAUGCACAACAUAUGCACAUUGAAUAUGUAUAUAGUCCUAAUCAAACUAUACCAAUACGAUCAAUUUGUACAUUUAAACGAAAUUUUCAUCGUUUAACAUGGGAAUGUGUAAGAUCUGGUUUAACAUAUUGGUUUACUGUACCAUUAUGUAUUAUUUGUAAUAUUAUUAUUAUUCAACAUCUUCAUUAUGCAUCACGUAUUGAACGUACAUUAAAUCGAAAUAGAAGAAGUGCUAGUUUAAUUAAUAAUCAAUUGAUAUAUACAAAUAAAUAUGAUUUAUCAAGUAAACAACGACAAUUAACAGCUAUGCUUGUUACAUCAUCAAUAUGUUUUGUAUUAACAGCAACACCAUCAACUAUACAUACAAUUUAUAUAUUAAUAACUCGUAAAUUAAAUAAUUUUCAUUAUGUUUUACAUAUAUGUACAAAUAUUUUACUUCAUUUUCAUCAUGCAUCAAAUUUUUUAGCUUUUGUUUUUUCAUGUGCACGUUUUCGUAUUGAAUUAUUACAUUUAUUUCGUCGAUAUUCACGUUGUCAGAUUUAUACAUAUUGGUCGAAACGUUCAAUACCACAAACAGAACAAAAUUUAAUUUGUUCAACUAAACAACAACAACAACAACGAUCACCAGGACAAUUAUUACCAUUAAAAACUAACGAACAAAAUAUUUAUACCAAAUAUCAAAAUGGAGCUGUUCUAUUUCGACUAGAUAAAUAUAAGAAAAACAAUGGUCGACAAAGUCUUCAACAUUUUCUUUAA